AAGCGUGCGAUAUGCAUCAAAGUCGUUCACAACGUCGGGCAAUUAACAACGGCUCACAAAAAUUUUUACCACGAAAAAAAAUUCGAAAUAUUCAAAAAUAUGGCCAAUAAAUUCGUUCUCAUCGCUUUGUUCGCCUGUGCCGCUGUAGCGAACGCUGGUCUACUGCCUGCCGCUGCCAUUGCUCCUGGCUUUGUCGCACCUUACGCGUCAUCGUUCAAUGCUCAUCACAUUAAUCACGCUGUUGCGUUGCCAGUCGCUCCACCCGCAGUGCCAGUUGCUGCACCGGCACCCUUCGCCGUCGCUGCCCCACCUAGAGUAGCCUUUGCUGCUCCUGCUCCUGUUGCAGCGCCAUUAGCAUUCGCACCUAAGUUGGCUUUGGCCGCCCCAGCACCGGUUGCCUUCGCUGCCCCUGCUAGAAUAGCUGCCCCUAUCGCCGCACCUUUGGCUGCGCCUCUGCCAUUUGCGCCGGCGCCACUCCAAUACGCUCCAGCACCUCUGCGUUUCGCCGCGCCAGCACCCUUCCUGGGUUAAACCAUUGAAGCCAACUGAACUAUAUAUAUUUGUAAAUACACUGGGCACUUAUUAUGAUUAAAUUAUUGUAAGGAAUGCAUAUUCUUAAACUUUGAUUUGCUGAUUAUUAUAGAAAAUGUACAAAAAUAUAAAUACGAAAGAAUUAUCUUAAUC